UUUACGUCAUAAUGGGUAUAUUUCACACAGCGACAAGAUAAACACCGAUCGGUUACAUUAAAUGUAAUUUUUUAGACUACUGUACAGUAUGCUUGUUAGGUGUUUAAUUUUGUUUGAUAUUCAGAAAAAUGAACCUUAACACAAAAGAUAUUUUCCUACGGUAAAAUUAUAUGGCAUAGUGGUAAAAUGUCAGAAGACGAAAGUGGAUGUUUAUGUUUACAUUUAUACGCCAUAACUUCGACAUAGAGGUUUAGCUCGUGAUUUACAAGACACGCUAAUGCAUAUAAUUCUUAAAGUUGGAAAGACAAAAGUGUGCAAGCAAUGGCUUCAUAUAGCGCUAAACUGACAGAAACAAAAUACAAUAACUGGGUUAAAGCUCAGUUAGCUGUGCUGUUUACCAAAGAAGGACUUGAACCUUUUGUUUGUAAUGAAAUUCACCAAUUUCAAUUAAAAUGCUUAGAUGAUAUUUGCUACCACAAUGGACUUUUCAAUGGGAUUUGUUGUUCAAGUUGCUGUACGGAGAAUCUUGUUAAUUGCCCUACUGACAAUAUAUGUAAGAUAAGGCACAGGAAAUGUACUUAUCAUCGAAAUGUUGCAACAAGGUACCAUUCUUCUGGCUGUCCUAACAAGAUAUGUCAUAACUUCAAAUCUGAAAUACAGAAUGCGCAUAGGUACAACGACCCGUCGUUCAAAAACACAGAUGCUUCCCAGUGGUGUAGUGAUUUCUGGGAAGUGGCGAAAUGCUUCAUGCCCCCAGAUGGGUAUAAAGAUAAAGCAUCUGCAACAGAAACAGACUUCAAUGGGAUAAUCAGCAUUAUUCUGAAUUACAAAGACUUCCAGGGGAAAUUACAUGAAAACCUUAAUAAUAAAACGAACGUUUUUGAAAAGGCAAGAGAAAUUGGACGAGAUGUGCGACAUUCUUCUAAACUAGAGGUAGAAGAUUCAGAUCUUCAGAAAUACUUCAAACUAUUACAACAACUACUUUCUGAUCCCGUAUAUUUAGCUACAAACACGCAUGCGCAGAAUGCUUUACA